AUGGCUACAAACGGCAACAGUGGUGCUGUAGGCAAUGAGAACAUCAACACUGACAUUGUCACCCUCACAAGGUUCCUUACUGAGGAGCAGACCAAGGUCCCUGAAGCCACUGGUGACUUCACAUUACUUUGCCACGCUCUGCAAUUCUCCUUCAAGUCCAUAGCAUACUACAUCCGUCGUGCCACAUUGAUCAACCUGACCGGUCUCGCCGGAUCCUCAAACACAACCGGUGACGACCAGAAGAAGCUGGACGUGAUCGGCAAUGAUGUCUUCAUCGCCGCCAUGAAGGGCUCCGGCAAGUGCCGCAUCCUCGUCUCCGAGGAAGAAGAAGAGGCCAUCAUCUUCGACGAACACCCCAACGCCCGCUACGCUGUGGUCUGCGACCCUAUCGACGGCUCCUCCAACCUAGACGCUGGCGUCUCGGUAGGAACCAUCUUCGGCAUCUUCAAGCUCCCCGACGACAUCCUCGGCCCCGGCAAAUCCGUCACGGCCAAGGACAUCCUCCGCCCCGGCACGGAAAUGGUCGCCGCGGGCUUCACCAUGUACGGCGCCUCCGCGCAGCUCGUCAUCACCAUGAAGAACGGCGGCGUCAACGGCUUCACGCUGGAAAACUCCCUCGGCGAGUUCAUCCUCACCCACCCCAACAUGCGGCUCCCCACCAAGCGCGCCAUCUACUCCGUCAACGAGGGUAACAGCAUGUACUGGGACGACUGGUGCAACGCCUACUUCCACUCCCUCAAGCACCCCGGUGAGGGCGGCAAGCCGUACAGCGCCCGUUACAUCGGUUCCAUGGUCGCAGACGCCUACCGAACCCUCCUCUACGGCGGUAUCUUUGCUUACCCCGCCGACUCCAAGAGUCCCAAGGGUAAGCUCCGUAUCCUGUACGAGUGCGCGCCCAUGGCGAUGCUGUUCGAGAACGCUGGCGGUCUCGCUGUGAACUCGCGCAUGGAGCGCCUGCUCUCUGUCCAGCCUGAGCACAUCCACGACCGGAGCGGUGUGUUCCUCGGCUCUAAGGACGAGGUGCAAAAGGUCAUUGAUACAUACAACAAGCACAAGAAAUGA